AUGGAGAAUGGUGAGACUUUACGUCUGGAUUAUAAUUUGUCUCCCUUGUUCGGUAAUGAUUCCGAAACAAAUUAUGCGUACGUGUUAUUUAAAGAAAUAGAUGAAAGUUAUGCACAAACGCGCAGCGAUCGUAUCCGUGCUGCAAUGUUUCCUGAUUUAUGUCCUAAUAAGACAAGUGAUAUGCCAUCAUUACCAUGUCGUUCAACAAUUGUUGCGAAACUAGCGGAGCCAAGCCAAUUGUUAACAACUGCCGUUGUGGAAUUGCUCAGUCUUCAGGAUGAAACGGAAUUAACAACAAAAGCAAUUCCUGAACUUGUAAAAUUACUUGCGGAUAAAGAUGAGACAGUGAUUAUGCGAGCUGUUCAUAUGGUGCACAUGUUAUCGCGUGAAAGCAAAUCCAUGAAUGCAAUAGCUUCAAAUCCAACUCUUAUAAAUGCUUUAUGCGGUGUUACUCGAUUGGAAAAUGAUGCUAUACGAAGAGAUGCACUUGGUGCUCUUUCACAUAUUUCGGAACAUGCAGAAGGACGUAUGCAAAUAUUUCGUUCUGGUGGCAUUCCCGAGUUGGUUCGAAUGCUUGGAAUUCCAUUAGAUGCUGUUCGUCAUUAUGCCAUCACCACGCUUCACAACUUACUUCUUUUUAUGGAUUAUGCAAAAGAGGAAACAAGGGCAUGUGGAGGCUUGGAAGCAAUGACUCCCCUUCUUCGGGAAAAUUAUUCACGUUUCCUAGCACUAUUGACAGAUUCGCUCUAUCUUUUACUACUGGAUAACCCACAGAGCAAACUCUCAUUCCUUUCCUUAGGUGGUCCAUCGUCAUUAAUCGAUCUUUUGAGCACACAUCGUCAUUAUCCAAAGCUUGUUUAUACUGUGAUGCGCUGUAUUCGGGCACUUUCAGUGUGCCCACAAAACAAAACCUCCCUCAUUUCUCUUGGAAUACUCAAUGUUUUGGGUGAUUUUAUCGAUAACGUCGAUGACAGAACCCAAUUUGCUAUCCUGUGUGCUAUUCGCAAUUUAUCAGAUGCAGCAGCUAAUGAAAGUAGCUUAGGACCUCUGAUUAUCAGUUUAAUCCAUGUUGUUGCAACAGGUGAAGAAUCAACAAGUGCAUGUGCUGCUGGCAUCCUAUCAAAUUUAACUUGUAACAAUAUUCGCAACAAACAAACCUUAUGUUUUAAUAGGGGAAUGGAUGCGCUAUGUAGUGCGCUUGAACGGUUUUCAACAGUUGAGGAAGUUACAGAACCAACGCUUUGCGCAUUGAGGCACUGUACUGCUCGGCAUCCGCUGGCAUCACAGGCACAAAGUGAUAUCCGCUUAUCACAAACUUUACCUGUCAUUUUAGAGUUAAUUUCAUCGAUGCGAGCCCCAGUUGUUAAAGCAGCUCUAGGACUUGUCCGAAAUCUUGCACUCCUUCCUGCUAACUUACACCCUCUGACCCAUGAAAAGACAUCAAAAGGAGAAUCGGUGGUUACUUUGGCGAUGGACGUUUUGGGGCGAGCUGGUACUCAGCUCCGUCAAAAUCCAGAUGCAUUAGCAGAUGGUGUAGCCAUGCGUGAAUUAGUUGAAGGUGCCGUAUCAGCAUUGCACCAGCUUGGAAAUGACCCUCAGUCAGCUGAUCUCAUGCUUCGCGAUCACCCAUUCGUUGAUAUGCUCAUAAAACUGCUUUCAUGGGAAGAAAUAUAUGCAAAUGAUGAUGAGUUGCUACAGCGUGAACUUCUGGGACUUCUGUAUCAACUCUCAAAGACUCCAGAAGGUGCACGCCAACUAGAUAUGUUCGGACCAACUCCUGUACUUGCUGAUGCAUUACAUUCCAAGCGCAGAGCAAUUUCAACAUAUGCAUCUGGCAUAUUGAAAAAUCUUCAAUUUGAUAAGCCAAUGAUGUAUCGUGGAGAACUGGACACAGAAAUUGAAAGUGUGAUAAACAGUGGUGAAGAAUGGAUGCAUGAUGGUCUCGAAUCAGAACUUUUUGCUGCAAUGUAUCAUUCCUCAGAAAUGGAACAGUUGGAUCAUCCCCAGUCAUGGCAACAUCCCCCACCCUACCAGACUAAUAAUCGAAGUCCUUUAUGGUUCGAUACUGAUCUUUGA